UUCAAUUGGAAGAAAAGGCUUGAGAAAAAGUGUCAAUGUACUUUGUUUUCUGCUUUUCUUUUUCCUUAAGCAAAGUGUUAGAUAAAGUGCUUCACUGAUGAAAAAGAAAGGCCUAGCAAAUUCUAAUGUUGGUGAUGUUUUAAUCUGUAGAUGUUUUUGACAGUUUCUUGAAAUCUGCGGUGAUUUAUAUUGACAAUGGAAAACAAAGAUGAUGAGGUGAAAAGGAAACAAGUUGUGGAAGCCAGGGCAAGAAAUAUCAGCCACAAUGUGCGAUGUACAGAGUGUGGGAGUCAAUCCAUUGAAGAUUCUCAAGCAGAUAUUGCAAUUCUCCUCAGAAAGUUAAUUCGUAAUGAGAUUCAAUCCGGAAAGAGUGACAAGGAGAUUUAUAAAAAGCUUGAAGAAGAUUAUGGAGAGACGCUUCUUGUUGCAGGUGCUGCUGCAGGGGUGUGGCCUUACAAAAAGCACUGUCAAAAGACUAAUGUGCACAUCAUGGCUUUGGACCUUGUUAGAGGUGGUCCAUUGACACCAAAGGAGAAGGAAACUAUGCUAGGCCUCCUCACACUUCUUCCUCCACAAGGAGUCACUUCCUCCUUGUGGAAUAGGUGGUGAGGUCGAUGAUGUUUUUCAAUUUUCCUUCUCAUUUUUACUGGACCUUGAAGUGUCUUUUGAUGGUGAAGAAUCUACAUGUUGAUGAGAGUUUCAUAGUUGAUUGAUAUGAAAUUCAGUGCUGUAGUCAACAAUCAAGACCACAACUGCUCAGUGAAGGUAAGCUUAGCGGAAGAUCGUCUAGUUCAGAAAACUUCUUUCAAUUUCACACUUCCAUGCAAAAAUGUAAAGUUUUUAAUAAUUCAGUGCUUUGUUGUUCCCCAAAGUUUACACUCCCAUGCAAAGUUUUGUCAUACCCUCUUCAUAACUGCUAUGUGCUGAGCACCAUUAUCUCUUUAAUAUUGGUCGGUCCAUAUUAUAUGUAUGCUGGUAAAGGAUUUACCAUUUUUGAAGUUUUAAAGACCAGCUG